AUGCCCCAGCAGCAGCAGCAGCAGCAGCAGCAGCAGCUAGCGUCCAUCGGCGCCACCGUCGAGGAUACGGUCCCCGUCUUCAGCACUCUCCUCUUCGAGGCCAAGACGGCCAAGAACCUGACGUUUGCCCAAAUCGCCCAGCACCUCGGUCGCAGCGAGGUCGCGUGCGCCGCCCUGUUCUACGGCCAAGCCCGGGCGUCCCCCGAGGAUGUCGACAAGCUGAGCUCCUUGCUCGGGGUCCCCGUCGCCGAGCUAGCCGAGCAGCUGACGGCCUUCCCCAACCGGGGCACCUCGGUGCCAAUGCCCCCGACCGAGCCUCUGAUUUACCGUCUGUACGAGGUUGUUCAGAACUACGGCUACGCGUACAAGGCCGUCAUGAACGAGAAGUUUGGUGACGGCAUCAUGAGCGGCGUCUGCUUCAAGACGGACGUGGACAAGGAAGUUGACGAGACGGGUGCGGCUUGGGCCGUCAUCACCAUGAAGGGCAAGUGGCUGCCCUUUGCUCGAUUUUAA